GCAGGUCCCAACUAUUCUCUGGUGUUCCGUAAAAAAUUCCGUGUUCAUCUGGAGUGCAGUCAAGCCUGGUAGAAGGCACGGGGACAAACCGUGACUGCAUUCAUCGCGGUUGUAGCUGAUGGAGUGAUUUCCUGGUCCUAGUGAACUCUUCCCUUUGUGCAACCAUUUUCCCCCUUCAAACCCUUUGCACAGUAUUCCAAUCCUUCGAUUUCACCCCCCGGCCUGAACACCAAUUUCAUUUGAAAACGGAAAAGAAAAAUCGUUCUCUAAAUUAUGCCCUUGUUUGGUAAGAAAGAUCCGCAGCCAAAGAAAGCGACGAUGGGUAAAAAGGAAGACGACGCGCGUCCGAAAAUUGAGGACAAGUACGAGCUCAAGGACUUGCUGGGAACAGAACUGACGCUAAAGUUUCUCUUUCGUUUCAGGGGAGCUUUCUCGCAAGUCAAAUUGGCGGAGAGUAAGGAACGUCCGGAACAGUACUACGCUGUCAAGAUUAUUGACAAGCGCGCUCUGAAGGGGAAGGAGGACUCUCUGGAGAACGAGAUCCAAGUCUUGCGUCGGCUGAGGCAUCCGAACAUUGUACAGUUGGUGGAGACUUUCGAGGACAAAAACAAGGUGUAUCUAGUCAUGGAACUCGUAACUGGAGGGGAACUGUUCGAUAGAAUUGUGGAGAAAGGAUCGUACACCGAGAAGGACGCCGCUGACCUGAUGAGACAAGUUCUGGAAGCUGUGCAUUACAUGCAUGAACAAGGCGUCGUGCAUCGUGAUCUGAAGCCGGAAAACCUGUUGUACUUCAGUUCGGAUGAGGAAAGCAAAAUCAUGAUCAGCGACUUCGGCCUUUCGAAGAUGGAAGAUUCCGGAAUCAUGGCGACUGCCUGUGGAACCCCUGGUUAUGUUGCUCCGGAAGUGUUGGCACAAAAGCCGUAUGGCAAAGCUGUGGACGUGUGGUCAAUUGGAGUGAUCGCAUACAUCUUGCUUUGCGGUUAUCCUCCAUUCUACGACGAAAACGACGCAAACCUUUUCGCUCAAAUUCUGAAAGGCGAAUUCGAAUUCGAUUCUCCCUAUUGGGACGAUAUCAGUGACAGUGCGAAGGACUUUAUUCGCAUGCUGAUGUGCGUUGAUGUGGAGAAGAGGUAUACCUGCAAAGAUGCCUUGUCUCAUCCGUGGAUCUGUGGCAAUGCUGCCAGUGACAGGAACAUCCAUGACUCGGUGUCGGCUCAACUGAAGAAGAACUUUGCCAAGUCCAGGUGGAAGCAACUGAUGCACGCAAUAGCUAUGGUGCACAAAAUGCAACGCCUUGCCCUGAGCUCUCAGUCAGAGCCUCAGAAGCAGAAGGCAGCUGGUGCUGGGUCGUCCUCACUUCCCACUACAGCGGAAGAUGAGGAGCAGGUUGAGCCCAAGGCGACUAAGCAAGCUUUCAAUGCGACGAAGGCAGUGCGCCAGUUCCAGUUACGAGGAGUGACCAGUAGUGACUGAGUCAACUAUGAGGGAAAACUCGGACACACACACACGCAUAUUUACAGCGGAAAGGCUGCUUGCUGCCAACAUGCUGCAAAAUUUUUUCCUUCUCAUUUUCCCCCGUUUCUGCAACCCCUUCUCUCGAAAGAGAAAAAAUAUGUGUGGGGUAGAAAGAAGGGAAGUCCAACUUGCUCAGGGUGGGGCUUGUUACAAGAACUUCCCGGGCCAACGUCGCAACGCUGUUU